AAUUCAGAAAACAAGCAGCCUGUUGAAAAAGUGACAAAUGAUGUUCUACAGAAUGUUCUUGUAUUGGAGGUCAAGAGUACCACAUGUGAACAAAGUACAGUCACAGAAAAUGCCUGCACAAAUGAGUUACCAACUCCGGUUAAACCCAAACCAUCAAAAGUUGAAAGACUACGUGCUCUUGGAAUUGAUCUAUCUGUUAAACCUCUCCUCAGUCCAAAUGAUGGAACCUUUGUCAUUUUAGAAGAGCCUAAGCCAAAUAAAGAACUUGAAGCACUGAAGGAGAGAUUUCUCAAGCAUAGCAUGCACAAGGUAAAAGCAGUUGCUGAAAAAAAGGUUAACCUCAAUAUCAUUCGUAAAGAGAGAACAGCGGAUGGUAGAGAGGAGCUGAAAGCAGAUGUU